CGCAGCGGCAGCCAUGGCGAGUCCCGGGCAGAAAGUGGUGCUGAUCACCGGCUGCUCCUCCGGCAUCGGCCUGAGGAUGGCCGUGAUGCUGGCCAAGGACCAGCAGCAGCGCUACCACGUCAUAGCAACCAUGCGGGACCUGAAGCGCAAGGACAAACUGGUGGAAGCCGCCGGGGACGCGUACGGCAAAACCCUGUCCCUGGCCGUGCUGGACGUCUGCACCGACGAGUCCGUCAAGCGGUGCAUCGACGGCAUCAAGGAUCGGCACGUGGACGUCCUCGUGAACAACGCGGGGAUCGGCCUCGUGGGCCCCAUCGAGAGCAUCCCCAUCGACGAGAUGAAGAAAGUCUUCGAGACCAACUUCUUCGGGGUGAUCCGCAUGAUCAAGGAGGUGAUGCCCGACAUGAAGAGGAGGAGGGGCGGACGCAUCAUCGUGGUCAGCAGCGUGAUGGGCCUGCAAGGCGUGGUCUUCAACGACGUGUACGCGGCCUCCAAGUUUGCCAUGGAGGGCUUCUGCGAGAGCCUGGCCGUGCAGCUCUUGAAGUUCAAUGUCACGUUGUCGAUGAUCGAGCCGGGCCCGGUGCACACCGAGUUCGAGGCCAAGAUGAUUCAGGACGUGAAGCAGAAGGAGUACCCCGGAGCCGACGCCGACACGGUGAACUACUUCAAGAACGUCUACCUCCCGUCCUCCGUGGACAUCUUCGAGACCCUGGGACAAACGCCCGACGACAUCGCCAGAGUGACGAAGAGGGUGAUCGAAGCGAGCAGCCCGCGCUUCCGUAACCUGACCAACCCCUUGUACACGCCCAUCGUGGCGCUGAAAUACGCCGACGAAACCGGAGGCCUGUCCGUCCACGCCUUCUACCACAUGCUCUUCGACCUGGGCCCUCUGAUGCACGUCAGCAUGACCGUCAUGAAGUACCUCACCUGUGGGUGUCUGAGGAGCAGGACAGUUUCCCCCAACUAGCGGUUGUGUAUCCGAUUGCGCACAGAUGUGUGGCCAGAGGGAGGAAAAAAACAACACAAAUACAUUUGUUCUUUAACAUCCUUUGUGACCGUCCACAUUUCUCAGCAUGUUCUGUUAUGUAAUGAAGGGUCUCUAUACUCUCUUUCCUGUAUGAAAUAGUGAUUGUCCAGCAGAACUGAAAUACAGUAGGCCCAAUACUAAAAUAAGUGCCAAAUGAGCAACUUCACAAUUUUUAAACCUCUAAUUGAGGUGUUUGUACCUUCAAAUGUCUGGGUGUUGGAGAGACUAUUUCGACAUGCAAAAGUGUUGAGGUUAGUUUGCUUUAUGUGCAGGAGUCUCUGUCAUUUCUCUCUGAUAAUUUCUCACAUCUCAGCAAAAAUGUCUCUGCAACGACGUUGAUGAAAAACCGCACUUUGUGAAUAGUUGACACUGACU